CAAAGACCAAAACAAACAACUACAUACAUCUACCUAUUUAUCACACAAUCAACAUGGAUCCUCUCCGCUACCUGGCCGCCCCCCAGCCCUUCAAGGCCAUCACGGAAGCCUCCAGCAAAGAAAUCAAAGCGCGCAUCGCCUUCGUGGACUCCCUCCUGGCGCACCCCCGCCUCGAUGUCUCCGAAUCCCAGCACGAAGAGUUCGUCAUGUACCGCGAAGCAUGCGAGAUCCUGGCCGAGGGCGAGAGCUCCGAAGACAACCAGCAGACGCUUCAACAGGGGGCCACAGCGCUGGAAGCGAAGCUGGUGCCUCAGACCGACGGCGCCACCGACGUGAACCUCUCUUUCGACCUCGCCACCAAGACCAAGAUGGGCGAGGAGGUCGACAACCUCUGGAACAUGUGGAGUUUCGUGCGGUAUGAGAAGUAUCUGCCCGCGCAGGCGAUGAAGGGCGACGACGAAACCAAGAGGGAAGCGUCGCAGGCCGGGGACCCGUGGCAUCGGGCGUUCUGGAAGCCGUUCCAGGGGCGUCUGGAGGCGGAGAGCGAGGCCUUUGCGCGCGUGCUGAAGGGAGAGAAUGCGCAUAACGAGUGUCCGACGUACUUGUUGCUGGCGCUGCUGACGGAGCGGCACACGCUGGACUGGGACGAGACGCUGGCGCUGAUCAAGGCGUGCGCGGGCAGCGAGGAGGGCGAGACGGUGGAGAUGCCCGGGGCGGAUAUCGUGGAGUUGAUUCGCGCGCGCGACACGACGGCGCUGGCGAAGCGGUUGGAUCACGACGAGGCGAGCAUUUCGCUGUCGGCGGAGUAUGUGAUGGGGGUGCCGGCGAUGGUGCUGGCGUUUUUCGGCACGCAUCUGCCCGAGGCGCUGUUUGAUACGGACGACUUUGAUUCGGCGCAGUGGAAGCCGAAGCAGCGGUUGGAGGAUCUGCUGCAGAUGACGGAGGGACAGGAGGAGGCUGUCAAGGCGCUGAUGAGUGAGAUGUACGAUGCGAUGCUGGAGGACGACUCGAGCGACGAUUUCGAGGACGAGGAGUGGGUGGAUGAUGAGGAUGGCGAGGAUGAUCUGCUUGAUGAGACGGCGUUCAGUGAUGGCUCGGAGGAGGACUACUGAUUGGAAACUGAAUGUUAUGAUCGUCACGAUUUAGAUUUGGAUUGAGGAAUUGGUGUUUGGGCUUAGAAAAAAGGAAAAUGGGUAUGUG